UGCCCCGGCCCGGCCAGCCCUGCCCCGGCCCGCCCCGCCCCGGCCGGGCCGAAGAUGCUGCGCACCGGGGGCCGGUAGUACUAUGAUUUGGUAUGUGGCCGCUUGGGUAGCAAGUGUGCUCGGCGCCCGCGGGCUGCCCGUCCAAGGUGCCCUCGGCUCGAGGGAGGAGCCCGAGUUUGUGACCGCUCGCGCUGGCGAGAGCGUGAUCCUGGGAUGCGACGUGAUCCACCCGCUCACGGGGCAGCCCCCUCCCUAUGUCGUCGAGUGGUUCAAGUUCGGCGUCCCCAUCCCCAUCUUCAUCAAGUUUGGGUUUUACCCUCCCCAUGUCGACCCGGAGUAUGCCGGCCGGGCCAGCCUGCACGACAAAGCCUCCCUGCGCAUUGAGCAGGUCCGCUCUGAGGACCAGGGCUGGUACGAGUGCAAAGUGCUCAUGCUGGACCAGCAGUACGACACCUUCCACAACGGCAGCUGGGUCCAUCUCACGGUCAACGCUCCCCCCACUUUCACGGAGACGCCGCCGCAGUACGUAGAGGCGAAGGAAGGCAGCAGCGUCACCUUGACCUGCAUGGCGUUCGGGAACCCCAAGCCCAUCGUCACCUGGCUGAAAGAAGGAGACCUUUUGGGUGCCAAUGGCAAGUACCAGGUGAGUGACGGGAGCCUGACAGUGCUCUCCGUCAGCCGGGAGGACCGGGGUGCCUACACUUGCCGGGCAUACAGCAUCCAGGGAGAGGCUGUGCACACCACGCGCCUGCUCGUUCAAGGACCUCCUUUCAUCGUUUCCCCUCCGGAGAACAUCACGGUCAACAUCUCCCAGGAUGCGCUCUUCACCUGCCAGGCCGAGGCGUACCCCGGGAACCUCACCUACCUGUGGUACUGGGAGGAGGAGAACGUCUACUUCAAGAACGACCUGAAGUUGAGGGUGCGGAUCCUGAUCGAUGGGACGCUGAUCAUUUUCCGUGUCAAGCCAGAGGAUGCUGGAAAAUACACCUGUAUCCCCAGCAACAGCCUGGGCCGCUCGCCAUCGGCCUCUGCCUACCUGACAGUGCAGUAUCCUGCCCGCGUGGUGAACAUGCCCCCUGUCAUCUACGUUCCCAUCGGGAUACACGGGUACAUCCGCUGCCCGGUCGAGGCAGAGCCCCCGGUCACGCUGGUCAAGUGGAACAAAGACGGACGUCCCCUGCGCAUCGAGAAGUAUUCUGGCUGGAACCUGCUGGAAGACGGGUCGAUCCGGAUAGAGGAGGCAACCGAAGAUGCUCUCGGCACUUACACCUGUGUGCCUUAUAACGCCCUGGGUACGAUGGGCCAGUCUCCCCCUGCCCGACUGGUACUGAAGGACCCCCCCUAUUUCACGGUGCUACCAGGCUGGGAGUACAGACAGGAGGCAGGGAGGGAGCUGUUGAUUCCUUGCGCUGCCGCCGGAGACCCUUUUCCCAUCAUCGCCUGGAGAAAGGUCCUCUCGAAAACGGGGGAACCGGCUGCCAUGCCACGACCGGAGAGACCAGAUCCCUUGCCGGUGGCCGGCGGUGUCCCCUGGGCCGUGCAGGUAGGGAAGCCCAGCAGGAGCAAGCACAACACGCUGCCCGGCGGCACCCUGCAGAUCCGCUCCCUCGGCAAGGACGACCACGGCGAGUGGGAGUGCGUCGCCACCAACAUCGUCGCAAGCAUUACUGCCAGCACCCACCUUACCGUCGUAGGCACAAGCCCUCACGCCCCGACCGGCGUGCACGUUGUGGUCGCCAUGACCUCUGCCAACGUCUCCUGGGAGCCUGGCUACGACGGUGGAUAUGAGCAGACUUUCUCAGUUUGGUACGGCCCUCUGAUGAAGAGAGCCCAGUUUGGCCCCCACGACUGGCUGUCUCUCCCUGUGCCAGCUGGUUCCAGUUGGCUACUGGUGGAUACCUUGGAACCGGAGACUGCCUACCAGUUCAGUGUCUUGGCUCAAAACAAGCUGGGCACUAGCUCCUUCAGUGAGGUGGUCACUGUGAACACUCUAGCAUUCCCUGUAACAACUCCAGAGCCUCUGGUGUUGGUUACCCCACCGAGGUGCCUAACAGCCAACCGGACACAGCAAGGCGUCCUCUUGUCAUGGCUUCCUCCUGCUAACCACAGCUUCCCCAUCGACCGCUACAUCAUGGAGUUCCGUGUCGCGGAGAGGUGGGAGAUCUUGGACGACGGCAUCUUGGGGACCGAGAGCGAGUUUUUUGCCAAGGACUUGUCCCAGGACACCUGGUACGAGUUCCGGGUCCUGGCGGUCAUGCAGGAUCUCAUCAGCGAACCCAGCAACGUUGCUGGCGUGUCCAGUACAGACGUAUUCCCUCAGCCUGACCUGACGGACGAGGGUCUAGCCCGCCCGGUGCUGGCUGGCAUCGUUGCCACCAUCUGCUUCCUGGCUGCUGCCAUCCUCUUCAGCACACUCGCCGCCUGCUUCGUCAACAAGCAACGCAAACGCAAGCUCAAGCGCAAGAAAGACCCUCCUCUCUCGAUAACCCACUGCAGGAAGAGUUUGGAGUCCCCGUUGUCUUCCGGCAAGGUGAGUCCCGAGAGCAUCCGCACGCUCCGUCCCCCCUCGGAGUCCUCCGACGACCAGGGCCCGCAGGCCAAGCGGAUGCUGAGCCCCACCAAGGAGAAGGAGCUCUCCCUUUACAAGAAGACCAAGCGAGCCAUCAGCAGCAAGAAGUACAGCGUCUCCAAGGCGGAGGCCGAAGCCGAGGCCACCACCCCCAUUGAGCUCAUCAGCCGCGGGCCGGACGGCCGCUUCGUCAUGGACCCGGCGGAGAUGGAGCCCUCCCUGAAGACCCGGCGGAUUGAGGGCUUCCCCUUCGUGGAGGAGACGGACAUGUACCCCGAGUUCAGGCAGUCGGAUGAGGAGAACGACGACCCCGUCGUCCCCACCUCCGUCACCGCCCUGAAAGCCCAGCUCACCCCUCUCUCCUCCAGCCAGGAGUCCUACCUUCAGCCACCAGCAUACAGCCCCCGGUUCCACCGGGCGCUGGAGGGUCCCGGCGCCCUGCAGGCCACCGGCCAGACCCGCCCGCCGGCCCCCCGGGCUUUCCACCACCAAUUUUACGGUUACCUCAGCAGCAGCAGCCCCGGGGAGGUGGACCCGCCACCCUUCUACAUGCCAGAAGUCAGCCCGCUGAGCUCGGUCAUGUCCUCCCCGCCACUGCCCCCCGAGGGGCCCUUCGGACACCCCACCAUCCCCGAGGAGAACGGGGAGAACGCCUCCAACAGCACGCUGCCUCUGGCCCAGACCCCCACGGGGGGCCGGUCCCCCGAGCCCUGGGGCAGGGCCGAGUUCCCCUUCGGCAGCCUGGAGCCAACCCCGGCGCCGUUCCCCCACCAGCUCCAGCCCUGCGAGGCGGCUGAGGGCACCCAGCCCACCGGCUGCCUUCCUCGGGGGCCGCCCCCCUCAUCCCUCCAGGUGGUCCCCGCGUCCUACCCGGGCAUCCUGCCCCUGGAGGCACCAAAGAGCUGGACCGGCAAGUCACCCGGCAGGGGCCAAGCCUCCGUGCCCACCACCACGAAGUGGCAGGACAAACCUAUGCAACCCAUGGGAUGUCAAGGGCAGCUAAGACAUACCAGCCAAGGUAUGGGCAUACCCGUGUUGCCUUACCACGAACCGUCCGAGCCCGUCGGCCCCAGCGGCACAAGCACAUUCAGCCUGGACACCAGGUGGUACGAGCCCCAACCCCGACCUCGGCCCAGCCCUCGGCAGGUCAGGAGGGCUGAGCCCAGUUUACAUCAGGUGGUGCUACAACCUUCGAGGCUUUCUCCUCUGACCCAAAGCCCCCUCAGCUCCCGCAACAGCUCCCCGGAGCUGACCGCCCGCGCCCGGCCCCGGCCGGGCCUCAUCCAGCAGGCUGAGGUGUCGGAGAUCACCCUGCAGCCCCCCGCGGCGGUCAGCUUCUCCCGCAAGUCCACGCCGUCGACGGGAUCCCCCGCGCCGAGCAGCCGGGGAGGCAGCCCCAGCUACCGACCCACCGCCGCCUUCGCCUCCCUGGCCACCGCCUACGCCGGCUCCCAGGGCUCCUCCCUGCCCGCGGACACCGUGGAUGUUUUCGGAGACAUCCCCUCCCCGAGGAGGGCCGGCGAGGAGAUUCUCCAACCGGAGCCGACGUCCACCACGGUAGCCGCCACGGGAAAACAUCCAUCUCCGUCCGGGGACGCUGCUGCACCUGAGAGGCUCGAAGCUCUGAAAUACCAGCGGAUAAAGAAGCCCAAAAAGUCAUCCAAGGGCUCCUCGAAAUCCAGAAAACAAUCCAACGGCUCUGCCUCCCAGGUUCAGCAACUUCCCAGCUCUCAGGUACUGUGGCCUGACGAAGCUGUCUGCCUCCGCAAAAAGAAGAGACACCCUCGUCAGGACCCCUUCGCCCGCCUCUCGGCGCUGAAGGACGACCUCUGCCACCGGCAGCUCCCCGAAGACCAGACAGCCAUUCUCAACAGCGUGGACCACGACGACACCAGUGGGCACGCCACGUUGCUUUAGCCUAGCACCAGCCCGAGAAGGUUAAACAGGCCGGGGUGGAGGGAGCUGACAUCGUGCCGCCGGGGGACGGAGCCUCCUUUUAUGUGAAGAUAACAGCAACAAAACCAUCCGUGACAUCUUCCCUUACCUGUCUCUGAAAGGGAAAACCAGAAAGACCCCGAGCCUUCGAAUCGGUCUGAGAUGUGAGAAAUCACCGUUUGUCUGUGCAAAUGCAUUUGAACCUUGCUAACGCGUACUCAACACUGCGAGCACGCAGGUAUGGGACUGUUUUCAUCCAAGGGUGUUUUGCCCCCCCCCCAAGUACGGUGUGUGUCAGCUUUGAUGAGGGUGGUUUUGAUUAAUUCUUCCCGACACUCCAUAUAUCUCUGGCAAAUGUUCUUCAGUGCUGUGUGGUAAUGUGAUUUCUUACUACGGUGACGUCUGUAAUCUUUAUUCAUAACUGCAAAACGGGGAGACGCCGCCGCAGGCGUGUGAGCGAAGGGGGGCUUGGCUGCGUUGCCCCCCAAAAGCCGCCGUCGGCGGAUGCUGAGCCCGGGCGAGAGCGGCUGGAAAAUCCCCAGCUCUGCGGAUGGAGACGGAUGGCUCCUCGGAGCGGCCGCGCAAAGCUAAGCCCAGCCUUUCGCGUCACCUUAAAACGCGUUGCUGCUGGUUUCACUGUUUUCCCCUUCUUUCUCCUGCUCCAGCCCGGCCGUGUAGGCUGUGACACCUGCCGGGGUUGUGUCCCUCCCUUUGCCCCAUCCGAGGAGACCCGCUGUUCCCCUCUCGGUAAUGCUGUUCUAACUCUUCACCGGAAUGUAUUUCCUCUUCAAAAUACUUAGGGUAGGUUUGGCGGCCGGUGGUUUUCUGGAUUGCAUAGGCCUUUUUAUUUUAGCAGGAAAGGUGUAGCCCGCUCUGAGAACAGCCGGGCUCGCUUUCCUGCUCUUGCCUCCACUCUCUGACUGCGUGGCCUUGGGCAAGUCACUCAACCUCUCUGUGCCUCAGUUCUCCCAUCUGUAAAAUGGGGAUAAGUCAUAUUUGAGCACUUUGGACAAGCACUUGGUCACCUACAGGCUGCAAGUGCUAUGUAAAUGCUGAGUGCUAAUACCGAGUGAUCCCUACCUUUAAAAUAUUUAGAGAAUAUAUAUUUUUUUUUUUUUGAAGCGAUAAAAUCAACCGCUGCAUCCAGGUUUGCACACUUCUUCCUCUGCGGUAAAGUGCUAAACCCUCCAGCCUGCCUGGGAAUAAAAUACCGAGUGUUUCAUGUGGAUAUUCUUGCUUUGAGUGGAUUCAGGCUGUAAAAGAAGCAUCAGGAGAAUUGAAGAGCCUGUAGGCAUGCUUUUUUUGCCCCAGGCUCUCCAUUUGCAUAUGAAACUUCUGUUUAUUCCCAGGUAGAAUUGCCAAGAGAUUCUCCGCAAUCUCGCCUUUAAUUCUGCUUUGCCUUGGUUAUUGCUCUUGCUGCUGGUUGAACCUCAAAGGGCUUAGAUGUUUGGAGAAAGACGUGAGCUCUCGGCAGGGCGGUCGGGAUACGGCACUCCGAUCCCGCCACGCUCCCCAGGAGCUUUUAGGUUGGAGCCUUUUUACCGCUCUGCUUAGAAAUACCUGUUUUUAGAGGUCGUGCUUCCUCUUCCAGCAGGACGCUCGGCAGCCUGCAACCACGAGAAGCAGAGCGCCGCGUCUUUUUCAAUCUCGAAGCCCUGACUUAGGUUUGAACCACUUGAUAAUGAAUCCUCUAAAUCGAUAACGAGAUAUUUCCAAGCUUUAACAACUUCGUGUAGGUGGUCUUCAAACCACGAGCAGGUUUGUUUCAGGAAGGAGGGAGGGUCUCGUAGAAAUGCCUCUCUCUUUCCAGCCUGCACCGGGGCUUUUUAUUGAGUUCGUGACGAGUGACCUGAUGUAACACCCUCAACUAUCAGAGUGAGAAGUCAACUUCGCUAACAGUACGACUGCGAAUUCAUUUUAUUUGAGUGUGUUUUAGGGAUUUCCCUAGAAUCCUCUCGGAUCUGAAUUGAUUUAAUGCCAUUCGCCCGCUCGGCAGCGGGGAAAACUCUGCUUGGCUAACUUCAGCUCGCCGGUAACGUCAGCGGCGUGGCGAGCCGGGCUGCUCCCGACGGAAAGGUGACAAUCGGGGCCGGGGGGAGGCGCGGAGGCUUUGUGCUGGCCGUGCUGCGGCUGACUUGCUCUUCCUUUCGCUCUCGUUGCUUCAACCUCUCUCACAGAAGGUUGGUUUGUUUCGUUGGUUUGUUGGUUUUGUUUGUUUUUUUUUUUUUUUCAUUUGAGUGCUUUCCAAACUGUUUAUGACGCCCGUUUGUAUGGGCAAGGCGGUGUCUUCAGGCUCUUGAGGUCGCUACCUCGGGACCGUGCCCUCAUCCCGUCUUAAGGAGUUCUGGAGGACUCGGAGUGCAGGGAAGGUUGACGGAGCGCGCUGGCUUGCUGGGUCAGUCUUUUGAGAGUUGUUUUCCUUUUGCAGGUGUUUUGAGCCGCUGGGCCUCCCUGCUUUUCAUGCUCUUCGACCUUUAGAGGCUGGAGCUGCAGCCCUCUCUCUUUCAGCCGUGUACCUGCCACGCUGCUGGAGUGGGAAAUCCCGCCCGGGCGCCUCGUGGAAGCGGCUCUUCCCUAAAACCAUCCUUAACUCCUUUCCCUGCUAGACCGAGUUACCUUCCGAUAGACUCGGGCCGUGCUUUGGCAGACGGGCUCACCUCUUGCUUUGGCAACCUCUGCGCUUCUCCCAGCCCUCUGGUUUCCAUGCCCUUCAGGGGGUCGCUCCUCUCUCCUCCCGCGGACCUGGGACAUCGAAGCUGUGUCAGACGAUGCCAAACGCUUCCCCCAUUUCAUCCCUGUUUGAACUCCGUUUCGCUUUGGUGGUUUGCAAACACAGCUGCUGCUGCUUCAUUUUUAUUUUUUUUUUUUCUUUUUUUUUCCUUUCAUGCUGCAAAAUAUAUCUUGAUUUUUAUCUUCCUGGGCCAAACUCUCUUAUUUUGUCAGCUUGUCUGAGGUAGACGGCUCUUGCUUUAUCAGUAAGCGUACGAUUCCUCCAUGCACGCUGCGAACGUGAUGCGUUUCAUCAGGUCCCUUGGAAAAUCCUGGGCCGUGGUGAAAAAAAAAAAUGCCUCUAAAUCACAAGAAUAACUGUCCCUGGGCUCCGCCGAGGUGUCAGUGAGGUGGUGCCUCCUCCUGCGAGGUGGCCGCGGUGGGGAUGCUCCGGCGCCGUUCCCGUGCCGCCGCGGGGGUUGCAGGCUGCAGCCGCCCCGCGCUGGGGUUGGUAACGUGGAGAGGUAGGUACGGGGGUGUCGCUGAGGUCCCUCAGAAAGAAGGGGGUGGUCGUGGGGUGCCGUGGCUCGCACCCUCUCCGUCAAACCCGUGCCGUCCUGUUGCAGGCAGGCGGUGGGGCAGGGGAAGAUGCUUUGCCUGGUUUUCCGGCAGGAGCUGCAGUCGGGCCAUGGAUUUUUAAGGUGACUUUACUGUGCAAACCCACAGAUGUUUUAGGUUUUGCGACGUUGACGUGAAGGAAAAUGCAAGUUAGCGUAAGCGGGGAAGAGUCGGGGGGGAGUGUUUAGGGCUUGCCUGCGGGGCCCCAUUUCUGUGCCUGCUGUUAACGGCACCCGCGGGCACUUGGAGCGAGGGGUUUGUAGGAUGGGGGGAGCGGAAGGGUCUCCUCCCAGCUCUCGCGACAGACUUGUGCCACGAACUUGGGCCGGAGCCCUCAGUGGAAGGCACCAGCACCCCCAAACCACCAGCCUGGCUGGGUGCGUUCGUAGGUGCCCCCCCCCCCAAGCAGAGUGGUCCCCGGGAGCUGCCGGGGGGGGCGGCGGGGAGCGGGCAGUGGUUUUCCCAGGGUGGGAUGCUCGCUGCUGCCGCCGCCGUGCUCCGGUCACUCGUGACUUGGAGGCUGUUUUUUUCGUCACCGGUGGGCUCCAGGCGGUCGUCCCCUUGUCAGCUGGUUCAAUGCCACCCGCUUUGGGGGAAGGCUGGAGGUGACGGUGUUUGGAUAGAUAAAUGUAAAGGGAUGGUAAAGGGAAUAACAACUUCGCUGCGCCUACCUCCAGGGGUGUGGUGGAGGGUGCAGGGUUUGUGCUCAGCAGCCCCGGCUCAGUCCUAGCAGGGCUUAGUCAUGUCUCAGGGCAUUUGAGACUCAUUGCUGCUCAUACCUUGCCAUCUGUAUUAGGACAAAAUCCGCCUGAUGUUUUGGUUUCUCUUCCUGCUCCAGGCGGUGAUGUAGAUGUGGGAUUUCUCCGAGUUUUGGGUUGGUUUCAGCUGUAGUUCUUGGCUGGGGGUAUUUUUCGGCGGGGCUGGACCGGCUGCCUGCAGGGAUUUCCACAUGUCCUGCGUGGGCUCUCUGUGGCCCCUGGCUGGCAGAGUCGAUGCUUUUUGUGGAAAGAAAUCUUUUCAAGGAACCGGAGUAAACCGCGCUGUAUAUAUGAGAUAUAAAUACUUAGAGAAGCAUAGGACAAAGAUAGAUAGGUAUGCAGAAGUCCUGUAGAUUUGCAUGUCAGGGGUAUGUUUGUCUCUAGGGGAGAGUGUUUAGAGCCACGGUGGA